UAUCACCACCAGCACCACCAGCACUACCGCCACCUCUGUAUUAAGUUCCACACUUACCUAAUAAUCUCAACACCAUAUACCACCACAAUGUCCCCCACACCACCCAAAAUAACCCUCUACCGCGGCUUCCCCAGCACAACAAUCUACACCUGGUCGCCCUUCGUCACGAAACUCGAAGCCCGGUUACGCUUCUCGGGGAUUUCAUACACCACUGAACCCGGAUCCGUUCGUGCCGCGCCGAAGGGGAAAAUACCCUACAUAGCUAUUCAGAAUGCGUCUGGGGCGGUAGACACGAUGGCGGAUUCGACAUUAAUCACGCAGAGGUUUAUUGAGGAGGGGGUGGUUAGCGAUUUAAAUGCGAAGUUGGGUGCCAAGGAUAAGGUACUGGAUAUGGGCAUUAGGGCGUUGUUGGAGGAGAGGGCGUAUUUUUUGCAGAGCCACGAGAAAUGGAUCGAUAAUUACUACACCAUGCGCAGCCACAUCCUCGCUUCACUACCGUAUCCAGCUCAGGUCAUUGUUGGCUAUCUGAUCUAUCGAAAACAAGUCCAGAUGUUACACGGACAUGGUAUAUCCCGAUUCUCAGAUGCAGAGCGGAGGGAAUUCAAGAGGGAGAUCUGGGCGGAAAUUAAUGCAUUGCUUGUUGAGGCGAGAGCGAAGCGAGGGGGUGAUGACGGACCUUUUUGGGUCUUGGGUGGUGACGGGCCGAGUGAGGCAGAUGCCACCUUGUUUGGGUUUGUGGUGGGGGCGUUGAUAUGUACUGCGUGUCCUGAGAUGCAGGGGAUCGUGAGGGGGUUUCCGGUCGUGGUGGAGUAUGCGAGGAGGAUUCAUGAUAGGCUUUUUCCGGAGUAUGAGGUUUGGGGGGAUGCGUAGGGAGGACAUUGGAUAUGUGGUUGGUGAUGAUCUCCGGAUAAUGUCG